ACUGGUGAGCACGCUUCGUUGCAUCCGUCGAAGAAAAUUCCGGAGAGUCAGUACCACCGUCUGCUAGAUAAUACCAACAAACAGUGCUGUUUUUGUGCACUGUUGUCCAGGGUUUUCUGUGCCGACGUCUUGAAAGGGAGUACGGAGAAGUGGUACUGCUGAAUGUGCCACCUCGAACAGGAACACAAAGGGAACAGAAAUGUUUCAGGUUGCUGCAGUGACCCAUCUGCGAAGAAAACGAGCGCUGCUUGCGAUUCUGUGUGUUGUUUCACGGGUUGCAGUUCUAGGAACUGAGUUGUGAUUGUGCACAAUUGCGGUGUGACACCUUCUGUCUCGUUCCAAUCUUUGUCUUGUCGGAACUAUGAGUUUCUCAAAGACCACGAGCCUAGCGUCGCUAGCGCUCACGGGCUUGUUUGUUGUGUUCAAGUUCGCUCUUGCGUCCACCACCGAGACGCCAGCGCCCAUUGAGUGCACUGCCGGCGCAACGAAGACUGUUGAGGCACCCUCCAGUGGUUCCGUUGUCUUCCAAUGUGGGGAUAAACUAACCAUCAGUCCCAGUGGCGAAGGUGAUGUCUUUUAUGGCAAGGAAUGCACAGACUCGAGGAAGUUGACGACUGUCCUUCCAGGUGCGGUCUUGAAAGCUAAGGUCGAGCAGCCCCCGAAAGGUCCUGCUACCUACACACUGUCUUACGACGGUACUCCCGAGAAACCUCAGGUUCUCUGUUACAAGUGCGUUGCCGAAGCAGGUGCUCCCGCUGGUCGAAAUAAUGAUGGUGGUUCUAGCGCUCCGACGCCUAAAGACUGCAAACUCAUUGUUCGCGUUCCGGGUGCCGAUGGCCGUGUCACAUCUGGGUUUGACCCUGUGUCUCUCACGGGCAAGGUUCUUGCUCCCGGUCUCGCGGGUUUGUUGAUCACGUUUGUGUAAAAGAAAGGGCUGAUGAUUAAGUAGUCAAAAGGUCACACCAAGAUAUGCACCCCUGAAGAGACGUCUUUGGGUCAAUGGCCUUCUUUCGGAGAAGAGUUGCGAAAGUCGGUGAACGGUGGUCGCCCUCAGGGGUGCACUUUGUUGUUUUGCUUGAAGAUGCUCUUCCUAUACAUCUUCCGAAAAUGUUUCUCCGCAUGACGGGGGUUGAGCGAAGUUGGUGGUAACGGGAAUAAUUAAACGGGGAUAUCAUUCCCCGUAGCGGGGUGGAUGGGUGCCUCCGGGGCUGCCGCAGUUCUGUUCUCCGAAGUGACUCCAGGUGGGCCGUGCGGCUUUUGUCUUUUUCGUGAGAGCGGUCCGACCCUGCAAUUUUCAUGCCUCCGCUUCGAAAUUGUCGUGCAAAGAAAACGUUGUUGAGGGGUGGGAUUGCGAUUGUUCUUGGCGUAGAUCCUGGGAGGAACGCGAGAAAAUGUAUUUCCGGAUCUGCGAUUAUGUGACAGAGGAACUUGUUUGCCGACACACUGCUGCAGUACUGCGCUUUUCCGCCAGACACAACCAGUGUUCCGGCGGGUGUGCCUUCGUGAAACGUUCUACACAUAGAGACGCGAUAAUGCACGCUUUGAAUACCGCUGAUAGAUAAUUCAUUCUGGCACUGCCUAGUUUUGCCACAACCCAGCCAACAUACUCUCAAGCAUACUGAAGAAGCUUCCUAAAACGUCGUAGUGGCUACAGCCAUGUGCGAUGGAUGUUCUAGUGAACGUAUGUUCAACUCAAAUGUGAUAUCCGUGGCUGCGGCACCGUGGUAGUACAUUUGGGGUUGCGUUGACAUAGAAGUCUUCCCCUACACUAGAACAGUAAGAGACUUAC